UCGCGCGGGCGCCCGGGCCGCGCCGGCCAUGGGGAAGGAGCAGGAGCUGCUGGAGGCCGCUCGCACCGGGAACCUCCCGGCCGUGGAGAAGCUGCUCUCGGGGAAGCGCCUCAGCUCCGGCUUCGGCGGCUCCGGCGGUGGUGGCGGCAGCGGCGGCGGCUCCGCGGGGAGCGGCGGCGGCGGGAGCGGCGGGAGCGUCGGUGUGGGGCACCCGCUGUCCAGCCUGCUCAGCAUCUGGAGAGGGCCAAACGUGAACUGCGUUGACAGUACUGGAUACACCCCGCUGCACCACGCUGCUCUGAACGGCCACAAGGACGUUGUGGAAGUUCUGCUGAGGAACGACGCGCUCACCAAUGUGGCAGAUUGCAAGGGCUGCUACCCCCUGCACUUGGCAGCCUGGAAGGGAGAUGCUGACAUAGUGAAGCUCCUCAUCCACCAGGGCCCUUCGCACACCAAAGUGAAUGAGCAGAAUGCUCUUGAGAUCAAAGAACUCAAAAAGUACGGCCCCUUUGACCCAUAUAUCAAUGCCAAGAACAACGACAACGAGACGGCGCUGCACUGCGCGGCCCAGCACGGCCACACCGAGGUGGUGAAGGUGCUGCUGGAGGAGCUCACCGACCCCACCAUGCGCAACAACAAAUUCGAGACCCCCCUGGACCUGGCCGCGCUCUACGGGAGGCUGGAAGUGGUCAAGAUGCUCUUGAACGCCCAYCCCAACCUGCUCAGCUGCAACACUAAGAAACACACCCCGCUGCACCUGGCAGCCAGGAACGGGCACAAAGCUGUGGUCCAYGUCCUGCUGGAUGCUGGCAUGGACAGCAACUACCAGACUGAGAAAGGCAGUGCUUUGCACGAAGCUGCUUUGUUUGGCAAGACAGAUGUGGUACAAAUAUUGCUGGCUGCAGGUAUUGAUGUGAACAUAAAGGAUAACAGAGGCCUGACUGCUCUGGACAUUGUGAGGGAGCUUCCUUCCCAGAAAAGCCAGCACAUAGCAGCUCUCAUCGAAGAUUACACCAUUGGGAAGAAAAGUGCCAAAGCUGUGGAGAAAUCUGCUCCAGCCYCGCUCGUUCCAGCCACCGAUCCCUCGGGCCGGACGUCUCAGGGUGACGUGGACAAAGCUGUCACAGAGCUGAUCAUCGAUUUUGAUGUGAACCCUGAAGAGGAGAGCCCCUAUGAAGCUCUGUACAAUGCCACGUCCUGCCACUCCUUGGACAGCCUGGCCAGUGGGAGAUCGUCCGACCGCGAAUCUGUGAAUAAAGAAGCUGAGCCCAGUGGCCUCAAAGCAGCCGGAGUCAGGCCCAGAGAACGUCCUCCCCCGCCAGCCAAGCCCCCGCCUGAUGAAGAGGAGGAGCAGAAUGUGGAGAAGAAGACAGGCCACAGUACUCCCUGUGAGGCCUCUGCUGCCCGGGGGAAGAGCAGGGGAAGUGGAGCUGAGGAAGAGGAACACCCCUACGAGCUGUUGCUUACAGCAGAAACUAAAAAGCCGGUUGCAGUGGACAGGAAAACAAAAGACCACAGGAGGAGCAGCGGCRGCCGCAGCCAGGACUCUGCCGACAGCCAGGACAUCCAGGUGCCAGAGCAGUUUUCAGGCUUGCUCCACGGCUCUUCUCCAAUCUGUGAGAUAAGCGAGGACCCUUUCAGACUCGUUUCCUCCACGGAGAAGGGGGACACGGAAGCCUCGAGCCACCCYGCUGCUAUGCAGCUGGAGGAUGCUGAGUUGCCCUCGUCGGGAUCAGCACGGAGCAGCUCCCCRGACCCCAAGCAGACGGUGGUGUACGCCACGGUGCAGCACGUCAGCCGGGCGGAUCCCGCGGCCGUAGUCACGCCCCACGUGCCGCAGCACCCCGGCGGUGCCGAGCCAGAGGGGGACAGAGCUGUGGGCAGAGCCCACCCGGGCAGCAAGCCCAAAGCCGAGCUCAAACUCAGCCGCAGCUUGUCAAAGUCGGACUCUGACCUGCUGACCUGCUCCCCGACGGAGGACGAUGCCAUGGGGAGCCGCAGCGAAUCGCUCUCCAACUGCAGCACCGGCAAGAAGCGGCUGGAGAAGUCCCCGUCCUUCGCUUCGGAGUGGGAUGAGAUUGAAAAGAUCAUGAGUUCCAUCGGAGAAGGCAUUGACUUUUCCCAGGAGCAGCACAGGAUCUCAGGUUCGCGGAUGCUGGAGCAGAGCGUCGGGGAGUGGCUGGAGUCCAUCGGCCUGCAGCAGUACGAGAGCAAGCUGCUCCUGAACGGCUUCGACGAUGUCCGCUUCCUGGGCUGUAAUGUCAUGGAAGACCAGGACCUUCGGGAUAUUGGCAUCGGUGACCCUCAGCACCGCCGGAAGCUGCUCCAGGCCGCUCGCUCCCUCCCGAAGUUGAAACCCCUGGGCUGYGAUGGGAAUAGCCAGCCCUCAGUUCCUGCAUGGCUCGACUCCCUGGGGCUGCAGGAUUACAUCCAGUCCUUCCUCUCGAGCGGCUACAGCUCUAUCGACACUGUGAAAAACCUCUGGGAGCUUGAGAUAGUAAAUGUGCUCAAAGUGAACCUGCUGGGCCAUCGGAAGAGGAUCAUUGCCUCGCUGGCAGACAGACCCUACGAGGAGCCACCAGCCAAGCCACCACGGUUCUCACAGCUGAGAUGCCAGGACUUGAUGUCCCAGACGUCAUCGCCCCUGAGCCAGAACGACUCAUGCACAGGCAGAUCUGCUGAUCUGCUGCUGCCCUGUGGGGACACUGCCAAGAGGCAACACGAUCGUGGCACUGAGAUYGCUCCCUACUCCAGAGUUGAGCGCUACAAAGCACAGGAGGACCGUCGGGAGUCCAAGCUAACCCUGCGCCCCCCCAGCCUGGCAGCCCCGUAUGCSCCAGUCCAAAACUGGCAGCACCAGCCCGAGAAGCUCAUCUUCGAGUCCUGCGGGUACGAGGCCAACUACUUGGGCUCCAUGCUGAUCAAAGACCUCCGAGGGACAGAAUCUACGCAGGAUGCCUGUGCCAAGAUGAGGAAAUCCACUGAGCACAUGAAGAAGAUCCCAACCAUAAUCCUGUCCAUCACAUACAAAGGGGUGAAGUUCAUCGAUGCCUCCAACAAGAAUGUCAUUGCUGAACACGAGAUCCGGAACAUCUCCUGUGCUGCUCAGGACCCUGAGGAUCUCUGCACGUUUGCCUACAUCACCAAGGACCUGCAGACCAGCCAUCACUACUGCCAUGUCUUCAGCACUGUGGAUGUGAACCUGACGUACGAGAUCAUCCUCACGUUGGGGCAGGCCUUCGAGGUCGCCUACCAGCUCGCCCUGCAAGCCCAGAGAGCAAAGCCUCUGGGUGCUGGAGCAGGAGAAAUGAUYGAAACAAAAUCUUCCAAACCGGUGCCUAAACCACGAGCAGGCAUGAGGAAAUCCGCGCUGGAUCCCCCUGAAGUGGACCAAGACUCCCAGUCUCAUGCCAGCGUCUCCUGGGUCGUGGACCCCAAGCAGGACUCCAAGCGGACCCUCAGCACUAAGUAUGAGACCACUAUCUUCUAAAGCAAACGCCCGCGUCCGCCCCGUCUAACCGUGCCUUUGCGAUCUGAUCUGUCUGCUCUUCUAAACUCCCUCUUCCUCCAGCUGCUCGCCCUGAGCCCRCGUAGGCACCGCGUCCAAGGCAGCAGCACUUUAGGAGACUGUAGACUUUAACGGCUUUUGUACCUGAUCGCUGCUGAACACUGUGAAUCUCCUUACUCGGAUACGAGGGUAACGCGCUGUGGCCGCCYGUGAGGCGGGAGGAGCAGAGAGGGCAGGCUGGCAGGCAGAGAUGUGGAUCCAGGAAAGCUGCCCACCGUUUUCACGUCUUCCCCCCUCGCUCUGGCACUGUGAAUCCCUGGGGCAAUGUGACACUCCCCAGGCCUUUUUUUUCUAUSUCACCUUGUCCUUGGACUGAUGGAGACCUCUUGUCUCUGCGGUGCACACACUCCCUCCUCCUAGAUCCUCCUCUUYCCGACUGAGCCACGGCUGUGUACUGUUUGGUGAACUCACCUCUCCUUCCCUGCCAGUCGAACUGACACUAACCACUGUGAUGCUCUCUGCAAAUAACACGCGGGCACUUGCAUUUCCUCACGCCGCCCUUGCCCGCAGUCUCCCUCCUCGAAGCCUGGUGCAGAACCUGCUCUGGGUGGUGGGGGAGCGCUGGUUUGGGUUGGGUGUGAUCGUUCCCACUGUGAGUUCUGUCCCCUCGGAGAUGAGGGGGGGGUUGGUUGCAUGCGUUUCAGUCCCUUGUAGGUUUYUCUGCCCCUCAUAGUCCUUGUGUUUACACUCACCAGACUUCUUGUGAGUGCUGGRUGUAGUUCUCACGUGGCAGCCUGUGGUUAAGCUUCCAAAGGCACACGUUGUUGUUAGCCCCAGGCUGGGGAGGAGAGGUGUCAGCUGGACACGAUGAGCAGCAUCAGCGGGGAGAGGUCAGGGAGCAGCCCUGGGUUAUUUGCCCCUGGUGUUAGGGCUAGCAGCAGCUUGUCUGAGCUUUGCUGUGGCUUUGGAGCUGCUGCCUCAGAGCUUCCAUUUYCCCUCACCUGUGGUGAAAUCUGAUGUUUCAAAGUCCUUAUUUAGCUCUUUCUCAGGAAUGAGUUUGAUCUCCCAAGCAAUUGCAACUUAAUGGCAAACUGACCUCACACUGAGGACUCAGCUAGUGAGAACCCAGUGAGAGGACUCAGAGUAAAAGGAUUGUCUUAAAGCAAAAAAGUAAAGGAAAGCUCAGUUUAGUAUCCAYAUUUCCUAUGCCACAGAGCUCCCUGACACAGAGCCAGCACUGCCCAGGGGCUGCAAUGCCACCCUGCCAGCCCAGGCUUUGUGGGCAGCAGAACAUUGUGUGCCUGAGGUGCAGUGGGAGGUUGGGUUUGGGUUCCAUCAGCACCACUCCAAGCUGGAAGGGUUCCCUGAAGGUUUCUGUGUCCCUCUAAGAGAAACUCACUCCCUGAUGUGGGUGGYAGAACAGUUCCUACAUGUAGGUGUUCACCAUGCAACUGCCACACAUCCACCCUAUGUCAAAGGGUCUGAGCUCUUCAUCUCCCCCUGCUCUCAGCUGGGAAGGGCAGGUCCCUCCACGCCCCCCAACUCUGGGUCACAAGAGCAUGUGCCUUUCUAAGGGUGGCCAAACCCAGCAGGGAUCCCAAGCAGCCCUGCCCAAACCACGCCACUGCCGCUCUGUGUCCGUAGCCCUGACGGUUUUUGUGUCCCACCUCCGGGCCGUCAGCCUCGCCUUUCCCAGCAGGUGUUUUUGUAUGACUCGGAAAUUCAUUCCAUUAUCUUCCUUUCUGUUUGCCUCU